AUGAAGUACCGCGGCGUGGUCUACGACGUUGGCCUCAACUUCAACGACCCCCCCCCCCCCCUCUCCGUCGACCCCUGGAACCCCGCCCUCGCCGCCCACGACAUCCACGCCAUCGCCCACGCCCUGCACGCAAACGCGCUCCGCAUCGAGGGCGAGCCCAUCGCGCGCCUCACCGCCGCCACACGUCUCGCCCACGCCCAGGGCCUGAAGGUCUUCGAAACCCGUGGCUCAUGCACGCGGACCCCGCGCAAACACUGCCCUACCUCGCCGACGCGGCGCGCGGGAUCUCGACAUGAGUUUCUCGCUGGUGGAGACGUGGCCCGACGGCGAUGA